AAUCAGGAAGAAAUAUUGCUGCUGCUCGAGCGCUUCACGAAAUCCAAACAGAAGGACAUUCCGCGGGAGCUGGAGGACUAUCUCAACUUCGUCGCUCGCACGGGUGAUACGUUGUACCGGUGGGUGCUGGUGAAGCCGCUGUUCCGAGAGAAGCUAGUCAACGUUAUUACCGAUUUUCAUCAUAACACCCCUAGCAUUGCUGAUAUCCCGCAAUGUCCCAAUGUGGAUCCGUUUAAUUUCGAAAGAAUGAAGCGGGCACUGUUGGAGCGAUUGGAUUCUUUCAACUCGGCUCCUUUCACGGUGCAACGGAUCUGCGAGCUUCUUACAGAACCGCGCAAACAGUACACACGAAUUGAUAAAUUCAUGCGGGCGGUCGAAAAAAAUAUUUUAGUUGUCAGCACGCAAGAGCCGGGUCGUCGUCGUAGCGAUAGCGAAAACGGUGAUUCACUCGACUCAAUCGUAAACGGCGACCUGGAGGUCAACGUCGAUAUCGAGAUGGAUAACGAGCAGUUCCAUCUGGAGGCGGACGCACUGCUUCCGGAUUCGAGCGAUCCGGUCGGAUCGCUGCACAGUUCCCUAUCGGACGUCGGCUCGUCGGAACGUGUAGGCGAAAGCACCGAGAUCAAUGGGGGACGGGUAGUUGCAACUUUCCUGAGCAACGACGGUGACAACCAACCCACCAAAGGAGGGCUGCAUGUGGAAGCAAACCACGGUGUUAUAGAUACGAAUGAAAAUGCGACCGAUGGAGAUAUGGCUACGCCGUUGCUGGAAACAUCGUUGGAACUCACCCCUGGUCACAGCACAACCGAGCGACAAGAUACGGAAGAUGACAGAGUAAAUACGCCCGACAACGAUAGCCCCGCGGAUGGUAAAGCGAGUGGCGAUGAAGCGGCACAUACCGAUCUAGAAGAAAAACCGGUCCCGGCGGCAUCGGAAGGCUCGGAUAAAACAGCUAAAGCAACCGAUGGUGCAGUAACGGACACGGCGAAGGUGGAAGGUGCAGAAGGCGAGGAAUUAAAUGAAAACAAAUCUCUACAUGCAUCAGGCAAAGACGAAAGAGAAAAGGAAUCCUCCGAGGGAGAGCUAGCGGCAAGCGACGAUGGAGAACCACAAGCUAAAAUGGGCAAAUUUGACAUUGUAGCAUCGUCGGAGGAGCUCGACAGUGGACUUUCUGCGAAACAGGUGCCACUUGUGACGGAAGGCAAGGAAAAUCAGCAGGUACAGGAAGCGGCGCUUGAUUCGAGUACAUCCAAGCUGGCUGCCGUUGAGGACCCCGAUGCCACCGUGGAGACAACUCGUUCUCUUUCCCCCGUAGACAAAACGGCCGAACCUUCGGUUGAGCAAACGAAACAGGAAGCAACCGAAAUCAGCAGCCCACCAGUCGUCGAUGGACAGAAUCAUUCCAAGGUUGAAGAAAGUGCAGCACCGUCCACAUCCGCCCCCGAGCAGGCGGAUCAAGAAGGCACCGAAACGCCACUCAGUGCGAACGUGAAAGCCGAUUUGACCACGGGACAAGUUGCUCUCUCUGCCUCUGCCACAUCCGAUCAGACCCAGGAUACCGAUAGAACUGCGGCCGAGGUGGAAUCUACCUGCAAAGAGGUGCCGGUUGGAACGGCAAGCUCAGCAUCGACGGUGGAGCAGGAGAUGGAACUGGCAACUGCUGCUACCAGUGCGGCCGUACCUUCCGAAUCCGUAAUGGAGGAAGUAGAUAUGGCGGGCGAAGCGGGUGCCACGGAAAUGGCCGAGGAAGAUACGAAACCAGACGAUAAUGUGAUGGACAUCGACGAAUCGAGCGUAGAAAUGAUGGACCAAUAGAGCGGCCAAUGCGACGUGAGAGUUUGCUCCGGCAGCUGUGUUUCUGUUUUAGGAACAGUUUGCCCUCGGUUUGCUGCUGCUCCCGAACGCGUCGGAAUUCGACGACGAGGCUGCCAAUCAUUGUAUUAAUGCUAUUCGUAAUUGAUUAACUUUUUUUAUGUGACAAAUAAAAUGAAACACCACCUGA